AUAGCAACGUCUGAAACAUCCAAAACACAGGCUUUAUUACAGGUAAAAUUAGUAUGAUGUUAUACCAAUCUAGAAGGAACAUGGAUUUUGCUCUAUUUAUUUUCUGUGCAUAUUUAUUUAUCGCAAAACUGAUGGCCUACAGCAUUACUGAUGUAAUAGUGUUAAAAAAAGAUUUAUUUAAAAACUAUGAUAGACAAAUUAUUCCUGUUAUGGACAUGAACUCAUCUGUGAAAGUGUCGAUGUAUUUUUCGCUUUUAUCGGUUUACGAGCUGGAUAUGAAGAAUCAAUUGCUGUCCACGUCAGCAGCAUUCAAGAUAUCUUGGAGAGAUGAGCUUAUGGUAUGGAACUUAACAAAUUACAGUGGUAUUGAUCGAUUGACAGUUACCCUAGCGUCUAUUUGGAAACCUGAUGUUAUAAUUUUGAAUUCUGUAAGUACACAGAAAAUGCUGACAAAUGAUGAUGAUGAUCAUUACGUCACCGUCAAUCAUGAUGGAUUAAUUGAAUGGUGGGCUUAUGUUAAUUUACAAACUCACUGUAAAGUUGAUAUGACGAAUUAUCCCUUUGAAACUCAAACAUGCGACAUUAACGUAACGAAAUCCUAUCUUAAUGAUCAGUCUGAAAUAUUACGAAGUGAAGGGGAUUCUUUAAGCCUUGCCAAUUUUGUACCCAAUGGUGAAUGGGAGGUUCUGUCAUUUUACUCAUAUGGGCAAGUCUUUUUUCGAUCGAAUACAGAAAUCUCUGGUUUGCAAUUGAAGAUAAAAAUGAAACGUAAAAGAACGUUUUACACUUGGAAUUUCCUGAUGCCGUCAAUUUCGUUAUCAAUUGCUGAUUGUUUUUCCUUUUUGUUACCUGCAAAAAGUUCUGAAAAACUUGGUUUAUCAAUUUUUGUUUUUCUGGCAAAUGCAGUGCUCAUUCGCCUCUUCAAUGAUUCUAUGCCACCAAAUUCUGAUGAUGUAUCUAAUUUUGGAAGAUUGCUUUGGAUCAAUAUCUUAAUAAGUGGGCUUGUUAUUAUGAUGAAUGUUAUAAUUACAUCGUUGUUUUAUUGCAAGUCUCCAAAAUGCAUUUCUAAGUGUUGUUUUAAUUGCACCGAUGUGUUCAAAUGUAGAAAAUUUACGAAACGAUGCAAAUGUUGUAAACAUGAUCACUCAAAGGAAAAGGAGGUAAAAAAGAAAACUAACAACAAAAUUGAAUCUCCAACAGCGGAAGUGAAAGAAGAAUAUACUUUGAUUACAAACGGAAAUAUAUCUAUUCAGGUAAAGGAAGGAUUCGAUCAAUUAUAUAUUCAUCAAAACGGAAUGAAAAUACAACUCGGAGCAAUAAUUGACUACAUGGAUAUUAAUAAACGUAUUGCAUGGUCAGACGUUUCGCGAAAUAUUGAUAUCAUUGCAAGUACUUUUAUCUUUUUAGCAUAUGCUAUAUUAUAUUUUGUGCACAUAAAAAUAUUAUCAUUAAUCUAAUUUGAGCGAUGAUAUACAUACACUCUAUAUUACUGUUUAAGGAAUUGCAGACUAAAAUUCAAAACAUUGAUAAAUAAACGAUAGUAUAGAGCUCCA